CUGACCAAUUUACAAACUAACAACGACGUCGUUUAGUCAACGAAGGGUGAGGAAAAAUUUCACUCCCUCCAUCUUCUUCCCCCCGCGGGAAUAUUUCGACGAAGCGGAGGGUGGCGCUGGCAGCAGCGAAAGAGUUCUGAAAAUUGAGCGAAAAUGUCGACAGUUUACGUAUUAGAGCCGCCGACGAGGGGGAAGGUCGUGCUGAAUACCACAUGCGGACCGCUCGAUAUCGAGCUCUGGCCUAAGGAGGCUCCUAAAGCCGUCAGAAAUUUCGUUCAGCUCUGUCUUGAAGGCUACUACGACAAUACCAUCUUUCACCGGAUUAUCAAGGACUUCAUUGUUCAGGGCGGCGAUCCUACCGGUAGUGGCACGGGUGGUGAAAGUAUAUAUGGGGGUGUUUUCCCGGAUGAGUUUCACUCACGGCUUAGAUUCAAGCACAGGGGCUUAGUAGCAUGUGCAAAUGCUGGGUCGCCUCAUUCUAAUGGAAGUCAGUUCUUUAUAACCUUGAGUCGAUGUGAUGACCUCGACAAGAAACAUACAAUUUUUGGAAAGGUCACUGGAGAUUCUAUAUAUAACCUGACAAAUUUGGGUGAGUUAGAAACUGAGAAGGAUGAUCGUCCUGUGGAUCCACCCAAGAUAAAAUCAAUUGAGGUAUUAUGGAAUCCAUUUGACGAUAUCGUUCCAAGAGCACCUGCUAAGCUUGUGGUCACAUCCACCCUUGAUUCUGAAAACAAGGACACUAAGAAGAAAGCUGUGAAAAAAUUAAAUUUACUAUCGUUUGGAGAAGAAGCUGAAGAGGACGAGAAAGAACUGGCAGCUGUGAAGAAAAAAAUUAAGAGCAGUCAUGAUGUGUUGGACGAUCCACGUUUGCUAAAGUCAGAGAUUCCAAGCAGUGAAUUGGACAGUAAAAGAACGAGGGAGAUGCAGCUAUCUGUUAGAGAGACUUUAGCAUCAAAGAAACCAGAGUCUCGUAGAGAUUCAGAAGCUGAAAAUUCUAAUCUCCCUCAAUACAGUGAUAGUGAUGAUGAUGAAACUAACUUUGAUGCCCGAAUGCGUCAACAGAUAUUGAGAAAAAGAACAGAGUUGGGAGAUGCACCAUCUCACCAAAAGUCUAAAAAUGGGACCUCUAACUCAAAGAAACAUGAAGGAUCUACUCGGAGCAGGCCCGAUACUGAGAAAACUAAACGUGAGGAACCAAAGGUUGAGAAGCUAUCUUUAAAGAAGAAAGGAAUUGGAUCUGAAGCGAGAGCAGAGCGAAUGGCCAAUGCUGAUUCAGACUUGCAGUUAUUGGGUGAUGCUGAAAGAGGAAGACAGCUGCAAAAAUUGAAGAAGAGAAGACUUCAAGGACGUGAAGAUGAGGUUUUGGCAAAACUUGAGAAUUUUAAGAAAGGCUUUUCUGGAAAACCAGAACCUUCAAACGCUGAAUCUGGGGGUGCCAAUGAUGAUUUAUCAGACUGGAAAUCUGUUAGGCUAAAGUUCACAGCAGAGCCGGGCAAGGACCGCAUGUCACGUAGUGAUGAUCCAAAUGACUACGUUGUACAUGACCCUCUUCUCGAGAAAGGGAAAGAGAAAUUCAACAAAAUGCAAGCCAAACAAAAACGACGUGAACGGGAAUGGGCUGGCAAAUCUCUUACUUGACUCAUCAGUCAAGACCCUGGACAAACAAUGGGUUUUAAGAGUAGUAGGUUAAAUCCCAGAUUGACUUGGCUCCACUUUUUAACAUCAAACCAGAUCAAAUCUACAUCUCUAUUCCCACGGAACAUUGAAGAUUUAUUGAGGUUCAUCAAUCCAUCAUUAUUGACACCCAUGACCAAGUGUUUCAGACACGCAAGUUUCUGAAUUUGGAAAAAGAAACAGUAUACGGCUCUCUCUCUCUCUCUCUACACAUCUCACCAUAUCCUUCAUAUGUAAUUUCCUUUUCAUUUAGUUAUAAAACUUGGUCAAUGACUCUAGAUAGAGAAGAGAAAAAAAAAAAAAAAAAGGCUACCCCACCCCCAUAUCUGUCAAAUGUAAUUAUUGCCCAUGGAUUAAGUUCUACAUUUGCUUAAACAAAUUGCAGGGAUACGGAUGUCUGAUUUAGCCAAACCUCAUCUUAAAAGGAAAAGAAAAAAGAAAAAAAGUAAAAUGCUUCAACAUAGAAUUGGGAAGAAAUAAAUGAAUUUCCUUUUGUUGGCAGUUUUAUUCAGGAAGGAGUUGGCUCUUCAAAGCAUCAUAUUCUGUCUGCUGUACCGCACAUUAUUCACAUUCAGACUUGAAAAGUCAUCCAUCAACAACACGUUCUUUUACUCGGUCGUUUAUGCCUUCAGACGCGCAAAGAUAGUCGGCCAGUCAUACCGGGAAAUUUACUCAUUUAGUUGGAACUUUACCCCAACCGUUUAUUAAUUUGGUGGAAAUUUUACUUUUCUUUAUUCAAAUUUGGUUCAGUUUUAUUUGGUUGGGAAGGAAAUGAAAGGAAAGGAAAUGAAAUGGAUUAAACCUAACCCACCUUUAUAUUAUUUUAGAUUCCUUGACUAAGUGCGAUUGGCUCGAAUCUCUUAUCUUAUAUUUCACACUUAUUAUUUUGGUUGUUGAGAAUUUCGGUGUUUGGUGGGGGACGUUUUGGGCCUCUUGUGAAAUGGGUUAUAGAGAAAGAGAUACCUUUGGUACAAAAAGAAAAUUUGUUGAAAAAA